GCAGAAAGUUUCGGUGACAGGUGCUUGGUCGCACCUGACAUCAACGUCGGAAUCGCGAAGUUGUGGAGCAGGUGGUGACUGGCACGGUUCCUAUAACCGAACCGCGUUGACGCAGUGUUUCUUCUCGGAGAAUUUGGAGGCUGUGGGUGUGUUGAGAUCGGCACUCGGGUGCUUGCCUGCGUGCCUGUUCCUCAACACGAGAGCAGAGGAUACGUAUUGUUCACGCCUGGUUGCAAUUGGGUCAGAAUAUAGGAGCACAAGGAAGAACGAGAUAUAUGCGUUUUCAGAUGUUAUCAGUCGCGCGGCAGCUCCAUUGAACGACCGACGCAAACUGGCGCCCAUCUUACAAGCAUCCCCAAUCGGCAGCAACAAGUUUUAUCUUAGUUGCCAUGGCCUCGGUUUUCAAACUACCCACCGAUUUUGUCGCUCGGGGAUCUGGCAUGUCGAACCUCGCUUCCAAAAACGCUCACCUAGCUGAUCGGCAUCGGAGAGUGAGCUAUGGGGAGUGCGUAAGACAGAGAGCUAGAUUCCCAGGUGCGACGAGCGCCAAAAGGUGGGCAGGACUGGUGGCGCCGCGAGUUCCCUCGGUUGCAUCAUCGCCCAUCGCAGCAGAGGAUUGCACAGAAUGCAGCGUGGAGUUGCGCACGACCAAAGGAUGCGGGCUCGGAGUGUCCCGAUACCCGGACUUUGUCUACGACGCAGAGGGGGGUGGCGGUAGUGGCAAGGCCGUGAAGUUGUCGGACGGCCGUUGGCGCGUGCAUUUCGAUGCAGCGGAGCUCCACAUCCCGGAUGUUAGCUUCCGCACGGCCACUCUCCUGGGUGUUCCCAUCCCCCCACCUAUCAGGAUCGAAAUCGUCACAGACUCUUUAGAAGGCACCGUGGAUCGCGACAUCGGCAAGAUAGAGCUGAGAUUCCAGUCGAGGUUCUACUUCUCGGCUACGCGAUUUUACGAGCCACCGCCUCUGGUGGUGGAUACGGUGUUGACGACAGAGACCACGUACGGUGAGUUCCGAGGGGGGGCGGGAAGCCGGCUGGAUGCGGACGGAAAUUGCCGGUUGGUUGGGGUGGGUCGUCUUGCGCCAAUAGGCGACUUCUUCAUGGACCGAGUCUUGAUGCUGCCUUCGGAUUGCUACGCCAGCAUGACAGCCAGGUUCACCUUCACCUCGUAGUGGGUGCGCAAUUGAUGCAGCGUGUGUUGAAGUAGCCAGCGCAUUGGCAAGGGCAUGCAGAAGACCUCAAACAAAGUGAGAGAGAGCCAGCGUUGGCACAGCUGUGAGAAUGCUUGCGUUGGUGCCCAUGUCUGUGAUUUUGGAUGGGCGAAGAGGGGCACGAUGGAGCGUUCCUUGAAGAUUAGCAAGUGUCUGAAUUUGGUGUGCGAGUUUGUGGAGCGAGGAGGGUUUCAGCACACGACGAUGAGAUGUGUGCAGGGGGAGCGGGGCAUGAAGCCCAUGAAAGAUGGCGGACAGAAUAUGCAAAGGCAUAUUCAGUCGUAGAAUCCCUCACAAUAAUCUCUUCGCAGACAUCUGAUAAUACAGGAACGAUGUGGGGUAAUUCAACAUGGCCUCUGCGCAAGAAUGAUACGCACUCAACGAAUAAAGAUCUAAAUUUUUUAUU